AUGCCCCUCAAGUCACAUGAACUCUUCAAUUACUGCCUUUUGUCUAUGGCGAAACCCUUGUCACAUCUGUCACAAAGCAUAACCAAGAGUGACCCCGAAGCCCUCCGCAAUGCGAUUUUGAUGGCAGCUACUCAUUUUACAUUCAAAGUCGGCAGCCUCGAAGCAUUUGAGCAUACAUUCCUCUUCCAUCGCAUUGAGACCGUGCGAUUGGUAAAAAAAUGGCUUGCCAGUGGAGAUGUCAAGCUUUCAGCUGCCAUCACCAAACAGAUUGCUACCCUGGCAUAUACAGAGUUCUGUAGUGGUGAUAUGCAAAUGGCAGCGAAACAUUUAAAUGUCAUCUACGCUCUACCAUGCCAGACAGCAGAUCCGUCGAAUGUCAAUGGCAAGACCUGUGACCAAGAACUCUCUGAUCGCUAUUUUGUAUUAACUUCCACCUUCAUCCACGGCGUGCAGACCGUUCUUCAUGGCAUCCUCCGCGCUGAAGAGGCAACCGAAGAAAAGAACACCCUCUCAGUCUCUCAUCCCAUGCGCCUCAUGCACAAAUGGUACAAAUCAGAAGGACAGUACCUACACUGCCUCAAACUCAAAGCCAUACGCCUCUUCUCAACAUUCUUCAUACUACCUGACAUCGGCGCAAGGCUCUCUGACGUCUACAAAGCGUCAAUAGUGAAUAGUCUUCGUCAAGUCAACGACGAAUUCUACAACCUCACAGAAGCUCAAAAGAUACACGAUGACUUCUGGAGAACCGGUGCAGCUGCUCGAGUUUACGACGCAGUUCUUGAGUCGCACCAAACCUCAAUUACACCUACCAAUCAUGAACAUGAAGUGACUUCAGAAGCUGAGCAAAAGACUUCAUGGUGCGGAUUGGUCAUCGCAGCAGAGUUAUUCCUAGAACAAGUAGUUGUUCUCUGGCGCCCUUUCACAAAGGAGAUAUACCUCUGUAGCAUGAGGAUAUUCCAACGCGAUCUCACCUUUGCUCUUCAGAAGACAAAUACGGUAGAGAUUGCAGAGCUGUUGUUCUGGGAAUCGCUUCUGGGAUUGAUGAGUCUUUAUUUUCAUGAGAAACUAGGGGAUAUGGAGCGAGAACCUGGUUUGAGGCCGUUUUUUGAGAGGAUUGUAAAGGAACAGAGUCGAGAUAUGAAGUUAGAGAAGUGGGAGGACGCAAGGAGGGUGUUGUUGAAUAUUGCAUGGCCCUUGGACUUUUCUGAGGAUGACUAUGUGAAAGGGAUAUGGGAGGUUGCAGUAGCUGACUAG